UGCCACCUGGCUUCUCCUCUUCGGUGCCAAUGCUUCGAAAAGGAAAAGCCACCAUUUUUCUCUCUCUUUCUCCAUAUUUCUCUCCCUCUCUCUUGUUUAUCCCCUUUUUCUUUCCUGUGGCACUCUAUUCUGUCCCGAUUCUUCCAUUUUCUACCCUGACUGUUGGCUUAGAUGGUAUGCAGCUACAAUAUAAGGAAUGCGAUUGCUCAGGCUGGACAUAUAGGAAUAAUCAAUAGAAGGGUCCAAAUCAACAAUAUCUGGAGGAGUUUGCCUUCCAAUCUUGGAUCUGUUCAUACCUGGAAGCGUGAAUAUAGAACAAGUCUCAUGAUGAUGGUAGAUACGGGUGCAUCGGAAAACCGUGGACCGGUUGUUGAUAAGCAUCCAGAGAAAGAUGAAGAUGGUGGCUAUACCAGUGGAGGGUGGAAAAGUGAAGAUGGGAAACUUAGUUGGGGGUAUUCGAGUUUCAGAGGAAAGAGGGCAACCAUGGAAGAUUUCUUUGAUAUUAAAAUGUCGAAGGUCAAUGGUCAAACCGUCUGCCUUUUUGGCAUCUUUGAUGGUCACGGUGGAUCCCGAGCUGCAGAGUUUUUGAAGGACCAUCUCUUUGAGAAUCUGAUGAAGCACCCAAAAUUUUUUAUGGAUACCAAAUUAGCUAUCAGUGAAACAUAUCAACAGACAGAUGCUGACUUUUUAAAUUCAGAAAAGGAUACUUUAAGGGACGAUGGCUCGACUGCUUCAACAGCUUUGCUAGUUGGCAAUCAUCUCUAUGUUGCCAAUGUUGGAGAUUCGCGUACUAUUAUAUCAAAGGCGGGUGAAGCAAUCCCUCUUUCCGAGGACCAUAAACCAAACAGAACUGACGAGCGGAGGAGAAUUGAAAAUGCUGGGGGUGUUGUCAUGUGGGCUGGCACUUGGAGGGUAGGAGGAGUGUUAGCAAUGUCCCGUGCUUUCGGUAACAAGAUGUUGAAGCAGUUUGUUGUGGCAGAUCCCGAUAUUCAGGAUCUUGAAGUAGACAAGGACAUCGAGUUGCUCGUUCUCGCAAGUGAUGGACUGUGGGACGUGGUACGCAAUGAGGAUGCAGUAUCAGUUGCGGGGAAGGAAGAUGAACCCGAGGCAGCUGCUCGGAAGCUAACUGAAGCAGCUUUUACCCGUGGCAGUGCUGACAAUAUAACAUGCAUCGUGGUGAAGUUUCAUCACGACAAUGCAGGUCCUGCUGUGGAUACUCGAGAAAACAUCUAAGAAUUUUGUAUUGCACUGUGUAGAUUCUUUUUCUAGAGAGCGAGAGAGAAGAAAGAAAAACUUGGAUAUUGCCUGUUAAUUCUGCACCUGCAGCAAAUAGGUGUGUGUAAGGGCUGGCUUUGAUUUGUUAAUUCAUUGGCAUUUUGUAAUUUGCUUUUUCCCCAAUCUUGUUUAACUGUUCAUUCCACAUAUCUGUAUGCUGUCUGUCUGUAAACUGAUACAGAACAAGUUGAUCUAGUUUUUUCCACUUCAUGAGUGUCUAACAA